CAAACACGCUCUUCGACAAUGCAGAGCGGAACGAUCACGAAGAACAUACGCCGUGGCCACCGCUGGCUUCACCAAAGCAGAUGCAGCACCACCCCCAUCAUCGAGCUAUCCUUCUCUUCAACCACGAUCCAAGAACUUCCGCCCAUCCCAAGCGAUCAAGCAGAACCGCUUCGAAGAAAACAUGCGCAAAAUCCCCACCCACCCACCUCCCCGCUCAACAGUAAAAGCCUGCCCGGACCCAAUCUCAAUCGUAACCGCCUCCCAACUCGCCGUCCUCGACCCAAUCGGCGCCCGCCGCCGUCUCUUCGCCCCCACAAACCCCGAACGCGUACAACCCGGCGACAUCCUCCACGUACGGCUCAAAAACGGCGACCCCGUCUCGGGGGUAUGCCUGGUGAUUCGACAACGCAAUUCCCCCAUCGACACAUCCAUCUUGCUGAGGAAUACGCUCACCCGUGUGGCGGUGGAGGUGUGGUUUAAGGUGUUCUCGCCGAAUAUCGAGGGAAUAGAGAUUGUGCAGAGGAAAGCGAAGAGGGCGAGAAGGGCCAAGUUGUAUUAUAUGAGGCAUCCGAAGCAUGAUGUGGGAAGUGUGGAGGGGAUUGUGAGGCAGUAUUUGAGGCAGAAGGCGGGUGGGCCGGUGGGGAGUAAGGAUGUUAGGGGGCGGGAUGCGAAUUCGGGGGGAAGGAGGAAGGUCAAUAAGAAGAAGAAGUGA